AAAGUUUCUGUCGGGUCACUGCAGUCUGCAGUACACCCAUUUUCCCUGUGUGGAGCGCAGCGCCAAAGGAAGCUGGUCCCAGCAGGCCUUCCGGGUCCCAGCAGGCCUUCCGGGUCCCAGCAGGCCUUGCCGCAUGAUUCAGCUUUUCUCUGUGGUGUGUCGCGGAGUCGCUCGUCCGGUUUGGUGUGGCGAGGGGGACCUGCUUCACUCUUUGUGAGAACAAGGGAGUGAGGGAGGAAGGAGGCCGAGGAGGAGGCCAGGACUGAGCAAGGACUAAAGUAAGACUGACAGGGCAGGGAGGGACGGACUGGUUGGCGGCCGCAGGCGAGGCAACACCCGUGAGGCAGCUGCUUGACUAGGCCACAGCCGCCAUGGCGGUGAAUUUUGGAGACCACACUAGCGGGUUCCGCCACAGUGAUGUGAUCAGGUUUAUCAACAAUGAAGUCCUCAGGGAUGGCAGCGGCCCAGCCUUUUUCGUGGCCUUCCGCUCGCGGCCGUGGAACGAGGUAGAGGACGGGCUUCGGGCCAUUGUUGCCGACCCGAAAGUGCCGCGGUCCGUUAAGAGGGCCUGCACCUGGAGCGCGUUGGCUUUGAGUGUGGGAGUGGCCGCGGGGCAGCAGGAGCAGCUGCUGUACCAGGUUCAGCGGCUGCAAGGGCAUGUGGAGGAGCGCCAGGCGGCCUCCUGGGCUCUGACCUCCCAGCUGGAGCGGCUGCGCCUGGAGUGUGAACAGGCGACAACGCAGCUGCACUUCACGCAGUCCGCUCUGCAGCAGGCGCUGAAUGAGCGUGAUGGGCUGUACCAGAGGCUGCUCCAGGUUGAGAGGUUUCCCCAGGCUGCUCCACUGGCCCAUGAAAUAACUGCUGGGCCGCAAACAGAGCAGCAUGGGGCUGCGGCAUGGCCCUUGGCUACAGAGCAGCAGAGAGUGAUGGUGGCUAUGGGGCUACAUGCUAAUGCCCAGAUGCCAACCCUGACAGAUGUUCUUCCUAUGCCAGAACCCCUGAGUCCCUGGGCCAAGGCCAUGCAGCCUCUUCAGCUAGUGCCAGUGCCAAAUCCAUGUCCGUGCCCACCACCAAUUUCAAUGGAAGCCCCAUUCUUGCCAGCUCUACCAUCUGCUGCAGACAUGGGAGCAGAAGCAGCAGCAGUCCCACUUCAGAUGCCUCAUGCUGGGAUCCACCCACCUUGCCAGUGGGCUGCAGUGGACUUCCAGGAGGAGGUGGCCCCUCUGUGGUACCAGAGAAGCUGCAUCCAGGGAGAAGGUUCUGAGAUCCUACAGGGGUCAUUCCCUUUAGGAGACAGCAGAAGCCACAGCCAGGGAGAAGAUUCAGAGAGGUCCCAAGGAAUACCCGUCCCUGGAGACGGUGGGUGCCAAAACCAAGAAGAAGAUUCAGAGAGGCCCCAGGGGACAGCCCCACUGUGGAGCCACAGAAGCCACUUGCAGGAAAAAGGCACAGAAAGACCCCAGGGGCCCAGAGAGACACAAAAUCAGAAAGAAGGUCCAAAGAGGGCCCAGUGGAGGCCCAUCCUGGGGUUUAGAAGGAGCCACAAACCAGAAGGUCCAGAGAGGCCUGAGGAGACUGUCCCCAAAGGAGACAGCAGAAGCUACAGCCAGCAAGGAAGUUCAGAGAGGGCCCAGGGGAUGGCCACCCUGGUGUUUAUCAAAAGACGCAAACCAGAAGGUCAAAAGAAGCCCCAGGGGACUGUCCCCCUGGGGGGCAGCAAAAGUCAUAUCAAGGAAGAAGGUCCAGAGACGUCCCAGGGGACUGUCCCCCAGGGAGACAGCAGAAGCUACAACCAGGACAGAAACCCAGAGGGGGCCCAGGCGAUGGCCACCCUGGUGUUCAGCAGGAGCUGUAAACCAGAAGAAGGUCCAGAGACGCCCCAGGACACUCCCCUGGGGGACAGCAGGAGCCAUGGUGUCAGAGAAAGCCCAAAGAAGCAGCAGCCUCAGGGGCAGAAUGCCAAGCAACCAAAAGUGAAUAAAGUCUCAGGAUCCUGGCAACAGGAGAAGUGUGCCUCAUUGCCAAUUCCAGCAAAUUGGAAAUGCCCAUGUAAAGCCGUGAAUUUUUCAUGGCGUCUGGCCUGCUAUAAAUGCAAGAACGCCCGUGUGCCAUUUGAGAGUGGAGGACAAACUCACUGAUUUCAGAACGGUGGUAAGAUUCUGGAUGGCUGAUGCUGAUUGGUUAACACCCUGGAGAAGCUGAAGUCAUGAAGUCUUUUCUUUUCCUUUUUGUUUCACUCCUUUUCCUGAAAAUGCCCUGUACGUGGCUGGGAAUAGUUGUGUGAUUUUAGAGUUAGAAGCUAUGUUGAAUUUUAGGAACGGUACUUUUCUUUGAAAAUGCUAUUAUUCCUUUGGAAAGAAAUUUUGGAAACACCACUUUUCCUUGAAAAUGCUGUUUUUCCUUUGGAAACUACUGCAGUGUUCAUGUUUUCUUCAUUUUGCUUCAUUGGUUUUAUAGGUGAGGUCCUAUUUUUGUAUCUCAUCCCCACCAAACUUGCUUGUUGCUGAAGAAGCUGAACCUGUCCCAAAGUGCUGGGAUUACAGGCAUGAGCCACCACGCCCAGUCCCCAAUUUUUUUUUUAAGAAAAGAGAAAGAAUUUUUAAAACUUUCCCACUCUUUGAGGAUUGAUUUUGUUUUGGGAAACUCCCUCGAUGCUUACCCAGAUCAUUUAUAAUGCUGCCUUUGCCUUUACUUCCUUGUUUGUGGGGAACCUGAAAGUCAGCAACAAGUAGAGUUAUAGUGUCUUUUCAGGCCUUUUCUGAGCAUGUCCAGUCUUGGGCAUGUACAAGGUUUUCUCAAUUCUCUGAUUUACAUUAAAGUUUUUUAAAACCCACAUAUGUCUUUUUCUCAGCCUCUUUCUUCCCAGGGUUUUUGGUCUGCCUAUUGCUUGUCCUGACUGCGAUCCCUUGUCCCAGGCUGCUACAGCCAACAGUUUUGCCUU